AUGGAUAUCGACGAGGCGGCCGCGGCCGCGCCUCCAUCACAAACAGCAGCAUCCAGAUUUUCUCUCAACAUGAUAGACCCAAGUCUAUACCCUGGAGGGCCGCCAGAGCUCGAGAUGAUGAUGGACGACGACGAGGACGAGGUGGCGAGCAACAUCUCCGCUGACUCGGACGCCCUCGAACUCCGCGCCGAGGUCGAGCGGUUCGACCUCCAACAAGAAGCUUUCGUCGCCCGCCAGCGAGCCGAGGCGUCGGGGAUACCGUACCAACCACCACCACCUCAAAAGGCCGGCGGCAAGGGCGGCCGGAAAUCCAAAUCGCGCAAGUCCACCGGCCCUAGGAAGGCAGCCAAGCUCCCACCAGACAUCCAGUUCCGCAUGUCCCUCGCCAACGAAGCCUUCCAGCAGAAAGACUACGACAAAACCAUCGCCCACCUCUCCGAGAUCAUCCGCAUUAACAGCGAGGUGUUCAACGCCUGGAUGCUGCUCUCCACCGUGCACGAGACACUCGGCAACCGCGAGCAGGCCAUCUGGUGCCGCAUCUCCGCCGCCCACCUCACCCCACGCGACGUACCGCAAUGGAUCGCCACGGCCGAGUACGCGCUCGAAUGCCUCGAGGACGUUGAUGACGACGCCGCCACCACCGCCGACGGCAGCACCAGCGGCAGUGGCAACACCCCCGCCAAAGACGAAGUCCUGCAGCGGGCCUACGCCUGCUACACGCAGGCGCUCGAGACGGACCGCGCCAACAUCACGGCGCGCACCGGCCGCGCCGACGUCAUCAUGAUGCAGGGCAACGCCAGCAAGGCCCUGGCCGAGUACCAGAAGGCGCUGAGCUACCGGCCGUGGAACAUCCGCACCGUGCGCAACAUUGCCGAUGUCGCGCUGGAUGUGAAGGACCGGCGGAAGGGCGCCGAUAUUGCGAGGGCCGCGUAUAGGCGCUUGGUGGAUCAUUUGCGUGCUGGGGGCUCGUUCGAGGCGGAGGAGGGGUGGUUUGAGUGGUCGGAUUUGAGGAUUUAUUUGGAGUUUUUUACGAUUUUGGAGCAGUGGCGCGAGGGCGCGCAGGAGUUGAAGGAGAUUUCGCGGUGGUUGUUGGGGAGGAGGGACGAGGUGUAUUGGGACCAGUGGGUGGAUGAUGACAGGGAGUGGGAUAUCACUGACGACAGGCGGAUUGCGGUGCCUGAGUUUGAACCAGCGAGGUUUCCGCAGGAGAGUUAUGGCCAGGGGCUGCCCGUCGACUUGCGCGCGAAGUUGUAUGUGUACCGCGGCAAGCUGGGAUUCGAAUACGAGGCGAACCUGCACCUGCAGCUGCUUGAUCCGGCGAAGGAGGAGGAUUUUAUGGAUUUCCCCGACUGUCUGAAGGAUAUUGCGGUUGCGCUGCUCGACCGUGGGAGGGCAGACGAUGCGAUCCUCUACCUCGAUCUUUACAGAAAUAUCGCCAUGACGACGGGGGAGAUUACGCUAGAUGCCGACUUUUCUGUCUGCCAGGGCCGGUAUCACAUGGCGCGAGGGGAGAAAUCGGCGGCGGAAGAGUGCUUCAUCGCGGCGAUCGAGGACGACGAAGAUCACAUCGAGGCCCGCGUACAGCUGGCUAACAUGUACGAGGGCGAGGAGAUGCAGGAAGGCCGGGAGGAGGCUUUCCUUCUUGUGCGCGAAGCUAUGAAUCUGGAAGCGAGAAGGGGUGAUGGCUCCGGCCGGCGCCGUGCCCCGUACGGGCCGCGGAAGCCGAGAGAGGGCAAACCUCGACCGCGCAAGCCCAGGGACCCGAACAAGAAGUCCAAUUAUGUGCCGAGGCGCCUGAUCAACGCCGAGAAGAGGAGGCAGCAGGAGCUCGAGAUGACAGCCGAGGCGGCCAAGAACUUCCAGCGGCUGCGCGAGGUUCAAGAUAACGCUCUGGCCGGGGACGAGCAAGCGAAGGGAGUCUGGAUGAAGGCCGCCAAGCAUCUCAUCGACGAUUUCCGGUCGUAUAAGCAGUUCUACCCGUGGGAGAAGUACAUCAAGUUCCUUGGGUAUGCUGCCAAUGUGCAAGGGCAGGCCGCGGUGCCGGCAAGGAAUAUGAAGCUGGCUGCCAUGGAAGAGCGGCUGCGGCAGAACCUCGCGCCUGCCGAAGGCCAGGAGCAGGUCAUCAGGAUCCCGGACCAGCACCGCGAAGGCAUAUGUGGUCUGCCACGCCGGCGCGGAACUCCAUCGUCUGGACAACGACCCGAGUCGACCUUUCUGAUUCAUGUCGCCUGGGCCCUCGUGCGCCGUUUACGCAGACGACGAAGAAACGUGCGUCGCCAUCGCCCGCUACUUCAUGCGCGACUACAUGCCCCGGCACAGAUUCCUACCGCAUGUUCUCGGCCAUGUGCCCGCGUCUGCCAGACACCCGUAUCCUGGUACACCUCGGGCCCCGCCCAGAAAUUCAUCCUCCGCCAGAUCAAAACCAUGGACAACAUCGUCAUGCGGCGAGAAAACACCACCACCCACCCAAACAACCCCACCUUCCUCCUCAGCAACACCCACCCUCUCAACCCCUCCACCACCACCACCACCGCCGCCCCCGACUCCGACAUCGCGCUGGAUGUCGCCCUGCUCACCAUCUACGGACACAUCCUCUUCACGACGACAUCCUACACGUACGCGCUCUCCUACUUUGCGCGCGCCGCCUCGCUCGACCCGUCCAACCCGCUCAUCAACCUCAGCACGGGGCUCGCCUACGUGCACUACGCGCUCAAGCGCCAGGCCACCAACCGCCAGUACCUGCUGACGCAGGGGUUUGCGUUUCUGUUUAGGUACUAUGAUGAUCGGUUGCGGUUGCAUCCGCGUACGGAGAAGGGUGGGGUGGAUAAAGGGCGGGUGGAUGGAAGGGGGGUGGUGGGGGUUAGGCAGGAGGCGCAUUUUAAUAUUGCGAGGGCGUAUUCGUUGGUGGGGUUGGCGGGGUUGGCGGUUGAGUAUUAUAAGAAGGUUUUGGCGGAGGGGGGGACGGGGGAUGGUGAUGGAGAGGGGGGGGAGGGCGUUGGGGGGAUGGGGAGUGAGGAUUUGAGAGUGGAGGCCGCGUAUAAUAUCAGGACGCUGUGCUAUCUGCUGGGGGAUGUGGAGGGUGCGAGGGGGGUUGCGGGGGAGUUCUUGGUGUUGGAGUGA